CACAGUCGUACCCACAGACGCCACGCAAAUGACACCGGGACAACCUGUCUGCUAGAGUAUUGGGCUCCGGAUAGGACAUUUUUUUAAAAAUCACGUUUUUUCCAAUUAGAUGCCACAAUGUUGCCUUUCAAAAUAACUUUUGAGAGCGAGAAGCAGCAUCUGCAGGAGCUCAACGACAGACUUGGCCAGUAUCUUUCCAGAACGAAGCAGCUGGAGCAGGACAAUGCGUAUCUUAUCACUGAAAUAAAUAAACUUAGGCAAGGGAAGAGGGCGGAAUGGGAGCCGAAGCGCAUGAGUGAGGUGCGGGAUCUGAGGAGAAUGGUGGGGCUGCUGUCGUUUGAGAAGUCCCAGGCCGAGAUGGAGAGGGAGAAGCUAUGGCGGGAGUUGCAGAUGGUCCAGUCUCUGUGCAGCGAGCAGACUGGGGUGUGCAAGGACAUCAGUGGCGAGCUGAAAGGCUACGAGACGGAGCUUCAGCACGCUCACAAGACGAACGGUGAACUCCAGAAGCGUUUAUUUCAACUAGAGAACGAGUAUAAAAGCCUGGAGGAUGUGCACAGGCAAGAGAAGGAUCAUCUGCGGCGUCAGGUGGAGUCCCGGGUGGUACCCAUCAUUACGCAAACCUAUCGCGGGCCACCGGCGGCCUCCAUGGAAGAGGUGCAGGAGUACGCCCGCGGACUGUCCGAAGGGUGGAUUGAGACGGUUGAAAUGUACCAGCUGAAGGUGGAAGACAUGGAGCAGUCGAUUAAAGCCGACCAGGCGAAGCUGAGUGAUCUGCAGAGGGAGAAGAUGCGGCAUGCUACAGAGAUGGACAGAUUACGCACAGAGGCGGACAAACAAGGUCAGAUUCAAUUCUGUCUGGAAGAAGAAGUGAUGCACAUGCAGGAGAAAUUCCGGGUGGACUUCAGUGAAUAUCAGAUAAUUAUUGAGAAGCUGGAGCAUGAGAGGAAUAUGAUGGCUGAUGCUAUUGCAGAAAAGAUGCGAGAACAUCAGCACCUUCUCCGGGUUAAGAUGGAUCUGGGCAUGGAGGUGGCUGCCUACAGGGCUCUCCUGGAAGGGGAGAGAGUGGAUUUGCAAGAUGCUCAUCGGAGGGUGACUCAACAUCAAAGAGAAAGAAUAAUAGAUAUAAGGAUGCCUGCCAAGCCCUACACUCCAAGAGCUUCCACCUUAACCCACAGACCAUCUAUGGAUAUCAGGUACACGCCGCCAGCUUCACACCUGAGAAGAUCCCCUGGGCCUCCCUCUGGGUCCAUGAGUCCCUCUAGGAUCAUUCCUAUUUCAGUUGCAGGCAGAGCUCAGAAUCAGAGCCCUGCAUCCAGGAGGGACAUGCUCUCAUUCACCAAAACCCGGGCUGCCACUUCUGCCCCUGCUACCACCACAGCGAAAGAUAAACAAACAGGCCAGAGUGAAAACCCAACAAGACAACAUUUACAGAAAACAGCAGCAGAGGAGAAAACUGUGGAAAUAAAACAAGUCUCUCAGGUAGAGAACCAAGUCAGUCCCAUCAAGUCAUCUGCUACCGAGACCAAAUCAGUGAAACUGGUAUCACCACCAAUGAUGAGCCUGAGCAGGGAAACUGAGACAGAGAGCAAAAGGCAAGUGUCAGAUGAACAAGAGAAAGAUAAUGUUUAUGGUUGGGAGUUCAAAGAUGAAGGAGAAAUAGAGCCUACCAUGGGCACAAGUGAGAAAAGGCAAGUGUCAGAUGAACAAGAGAAAGAUAAUGUUUAUGGUUGGGAGUUCAAAGAUGAAGGAGAAAUAGAGCCUACCAUGGGCACAAGUGAGAAAAGGCAAGUGUCAGAUGAACAAGAGAAAGAUAAUGUUUAUGGUUGGGAGUUCAAAGAUGAAGGAAAAAUAGAGCCUACGAUGGGCACAAGUGAGAAAAGGAUAUUAAAUCCUGCGUCUAUAGAGGAGAUUGUCGAGAGAGCGAUGAGACCAGCAGGUUCAGAAGUUAUGGUUUGCCCCUCGGGAGAACCAAAGAUAAGGUAUCAUGUGGAGAGAACUGAGCAAGAGGAUGGAACGACUAAGACGCAGAUCGUGUUGGAAUCCAAAGUGGAGGAAGAGCUGGAUUUUUCUGAGGAUUCUGCACUGGAAGAACUACUGAGCCAUGGGGUUAAGAAGGUGUCACUGGAAGACAUCAAGGACACAGCAACAGGAAGCAUGAUCAAGAACCUGCUAAGUGGCCUGCAUGGAAGCGAGUACUUGGAAAAUAAGUCUGUCAAUGUGGAAAUCAUUGAGGAACCGGUGGAGUCGUACAGUGAGGAGGUGUUUGAGCAUGAGCAGAAACUCAGAUCUAGUUUUAAUGAGCCCUCCUCAACAUAUUUCCAAAUCGAGGAGCUUGAAAAUGUCCCUCAUGAUGCUCAAGUUCAGAGGUGUGACGUCGAUGCCAUGAAAACCUUCAUGACAGAUACAGACCAUUGCAAGGGCGGCUCUGAUCAAGCCCAAGAGGUUUCUAGAAAGAGUGAAUCUUCAUAUUUCUCCCAUAACCAAGAGCCUGACGAUUAUUUCGUCUCCACACCAGAUGAUAACCUUUCUGAAACCGAGGUGCGUGGUGGCAUUACCUCCUAUGGCCAUUACGGUAUCGUCGAGGACCUGUCAGAUGAGCGGUAUUAUCAAGAUGAAGGUCUUCUCUCGAAACGGGUGAUUGUCGAGGAAAGUGACGAAUACAAGUCAGGUGAUCACUCGUUUGUCAAGGAGAGUUUCCCAGAGUGCAUCAUUGAAGAAGAGGUUUGUGUCUCCCCUAUAGUGCAGGAGUCAAUGCUUGAGUUCCUGAGAGAGGACUCUUUGGAGCCCAAAGAGCAACUCAAGGGAGCUCUAGAGAAGCUGCAAAGCUCAGUGUCGGGUCCGCUGAGGGAGGAGUUAGCCUUCCUCACAAAAAUGAGUAGUGAUGGUUCACAGACUUUGUCUGUUGAUGUCAAAAAAGUGCAACAGUCAAGCGACAACGGCACCAUGACUAUAGUUGCAGAGCUGAAUGUCUCUCAAACCCUGGAAGACUCAGGGCUGCUGGAGUCAGGAGAUGAUCUAUCUGAAGAGCCGAUCAUGGCAGCGCUCAGAUCUUCUAACCCUGGGCUUGAGAAAGCCUUCCAGGGUGGAGCAGGAGGAGGAUACAGCUUCAGAGUAUCCAAAGAAGAGGAUGUUGUGCACGAUGAAGAGUUUGAAGGCUUUGCUAAAGAAGAAGGAUCUGAAAUCACCGAGAGGCACAUACAACUGGGGGCCUCAGAGAAGUCCUUCAUCUUUAGGAAGGACGCACAUGGCAGCCAGGAUGAGCCCUCAGAGCAAGAGCUGCAAUCUCACCCCUUGGGAACCCCAAUUAAGAUUGUGCAAGAGAAAAGAGUUGCAACAGUUUACCUUGAAAGUCCACUUGAUGACUGAAGAAAGAAAUCAGCCUGAAAUAUUUUCAAGGCAGAGUGCUUACCAAUGUUACUCGUUAAAGUGCACAUUAGAGAUGUGGUUCAGUCCACACAGCUACAUGGCUAUGCUCUAUAAGCAGUAAAACAUGACAUAUCUCAUUGAUUUUGGUGCACUCUUUUGCUUAACCUACUUAACGUGUCACCUAAAACUUGGUGUACCUAACACGAGGCCAGCUAAAUUCAGUUAUUCUUUACUACUUUGUUGUGGUGUUAAUUGUGACUGUUGUCCUAUUAAAAUACUGAGUAUGAACUAAAUUGGGCUGAUUUAAGUUAGGCUUGUGCUGGAAUGUGUAUAACCUUUUUACAGCUUGCAGUUUAUCUUAAAAGAGGUUUGUUUAUUCUACCUAGAUUUCUCUAUUUUUGUCCUAACUUGUGCCGUGCAUCUCAUCAGCCCAUUCUGCAUUUUACAUCAUCCCAUCACAUCCCGUGUCUGCUAUGUUGUGGAAUCUGUUCCAAACCAACAUAUGACAGUUGGAGUUAUGAUGUGCUGUGAACUGUUCCAGAUCAGGGCUUCAAUUUUUCUUUUGACUCGGGCACUGCUGCCAUUACAAAUAGUUUUAGUACUUACUGUAUCCUAAAGCAGAAGUUUAAUAGAAGCAGUAGUCAGUGAAGUGUACAGAAUAUAGUGAAGCUUGUAGCUAAGGUCAGUAUGGUGGGGGUGGGAACAAAAUGUGGUGAUCCGUUUUAAGAAACUUUGAGACUGUUAAAUCUAAGUGAAGUGCCACUUUAAAUGUGCCACUUAAAAGUAGUUAUUAAAUUCCUUGGUUACGUGAUCAAUAUGAAACAUGUUUGUAAAAUGUGUAUCUUUAAAAGGGGUCAAUACCAUACGAAUCAAAUGUUAUGAUGCUAAAAUUGUGGUUUUGAACAUGAGAAAAGGGUGUUGGGAAUUGAACAUAGUGAAUUUGACCAUUUAGAACUCCAAAAAAGGGUUUUCAAUUAGAAAAGACAAUAGUUAGAUGAAGUAGUAUAAUCUUAAGGAAUUGAAAAGGUUCAAUGAUUCCGUUGAAGAAAAUAUAUUCACAACUGGUCUUGAUGAAGUCUCAUGGAUGCCCUUUUGCUUGUCCACAUUUGAGGGUUAUCCCAGUGUUGGCUGGAAGUAUUCACCUUUGCUGGAACAAACACAUGUCCAGACCGUGACUAUUUGUGGAUCAUCUGCUUAGUGGCAUUGACUGUCUAUUAGGGUUUGUUGUGUUGUGCACUAGUUGCAAAGGCCAACAUGGUCCACUAAGAUUAGUGUGGUUGCACAUUUAGUCUAAGUGGCAUCAGCAUGUGCACUGUGUAAGUAUUGCGUAAUGUAUUCACUUGGCACUGUCACAUUAAAGAAAUGUAAUGUUUAGCAUGCAUGCCAUGCUUUUAGAAAUGUGUUAACGGUUAUAAUUCUACAAAAUUAAAUAUCAAUUAAAAAGACAUUUCAUUUAAGUGCCCUGAUACAGCAUAUUUCCUUACAUUCUCAUAUGCAAACUAAAAACAGUGCAUCUCAAUUGUGGCUUAAUAACACAUCUUACAAUCUUGUAAAUAAGUGUUAUCUAGAAAUGUGCAAUUUCACAGCAUACAAAUGUGCAGUGUGUAAAGAAUGUGUAAUGAUUCAAAGAUUCAAUAAAUAUUGGUCAUCAUG